AGACCAACAAUGUGGAGGAGCAGGCGGACUAGCUCCAGUGGCGUGUUGAUUGAUCCAUCGGCACCCUCAGACAGAAAGGGAAAUACCACGUAUCGAAGAAGAGACCUGAUUUGAUUAGCUACUGAACAAGAACAAAAAGAAUAUGUUAUAGGCACGAAACGAAAGAAAGAAGUUGUCUUUUUUAUCCUCGCGUAUAACUCAUCAUUCAUGUUGGAGAUACGAAAAAUGUCAAUCUGAACUUCCCUCUCCCUUCGUUCGUUUCUCAUUGUCAAGAUUUUUGAAUAACAACAUCAACUUGAAAAACAAAAUGUCCACCUUGUUAAUUACAAAUCUGCACGAUGAUACCCCGCUGACCCUUGGGUCGCGGGAAAAAACAAGCUCUUCCAAAAGUAAAGUUUCGGCGCUUCCGACGUUCCGAGAGUGUGAAGAAGAUGAAGAAGAGGAUUUUUUUGAACCGACGCCCGCCCCUCCGGAUUUCGACGGCUUGAAAGCACGCUCUGCCGCCGUUGCCACAGCAGUAGCCGCGAAGGGUGCCAACCCGAGUGACAGAUGGCAUGUAAUUUUCGUUAUCGACACCUCCGGAAGCAUGGGCAAAGCAGAUAUUAAACACGAUUCGGAUGGCGCGUCUGCGACAAAGAACACAAAAACCAAAACCCGGCUAAGAGCGGUUCUGGAAGUGCUGGAGGACUUUGCGGAACACCAGCGCGACACGGACAGAGCCGCGUCUGGCGACCUUUACUCCGCCGUUGGCUUCAGUGAUGAGAGUACGGUUUGGUUUCAGAGCGUCAAGUCCGGCGACGAGUUGUGUGAUAGUUUGCGGAUCGCCCAAAGCAGUGGCCGUGCCCGCGCCCGGAACGGAACCUCUUACACAAGUGGGCUCUAUGGAGCAAUGCAGUUACACAAAAGCAGACCGGAUCUGAAAAACCGGAAAGUGCGGAUUAUUUUUUUGUCAGAUGGGCGUCCGCAGACCUGGGAUCGGUAUGAUGCGCAGUGGUACCAGGAAACCUGUGUCCCUUCGUUUCCCAAAGGAGUCCAGCUGCACUGCGUUGGCAUCGGGAAAAACACCCACGCCUUUGCGUGUCUUCAGCACAUGGCCGUUCUAGGUGGCGGCCGAUUCUAUUUCUCUCAGCUGGCGGCAGCCGAUCUUCGCCGGACCUUCACCACCAUUUCCCGCACCCUCACCUCGACGCGCGAGUCCGGAGGCUCGAGCUCAACCAAAGAUUCUUCGGCCAAGCCACGGGCGUUUACUUUUCUACCGCCGCCUAAGGAAGUCCUACUGUACAAUACGAAAAUGACGGAACCGAAUAUGGGCUACCCAGCUGGAAAUGUUGAUGUUUUUCAUUGUUCCCGCGACCAGUACGCUUUUGACCUCGAGUUUGGUAUGGUCCAUACGGACCACACCCCGCUAACGUGGCUGCAGCGAGCAACGCUGCCUUUCACAAAAGGGAAUAUGCGAUUUGUUUUUGCCAUGAAGGGAGAUGAUGAUUUCCAUGCGAACGAAGGCAAUCGGAAGAAUUUUGGCAAGUUGCUUGUUGGAAAGGAAACCUUUGCAGCGACUUCAACCUACGAGACGCAGAUGACCUUCGUGCGCAACACCUGCGUCGCUCAGUAUUUCGCCAGAGGAUUUUGCGAUCGUAUCGGCGUGCCUGAGUACCUGAGGUUUCUCCCAGUUUUUCUCUACUCUCGACCACCGCCUGUUUCCUCGAAGAAGAACAAAAAGAAGCAGAAAAAUAAGGACCCGACGGAUGAGAAGCAAGUGCAGUUCUUCUGCGGGGAGGAGUAUUUGCCCGGCAUCUUUGAAAAGGUGACUAACAAUGCUGAUUACGUCAAGGAGUGUGCAGCUGGCGACGCAAACCGCAUUCAUACCGAGGCGCUGGAAUGCUUCUCGCAUUUCACUUACGAGGAGUCCGGUGGGUCUCUCAUGGUCACGGAUCUGCAGGGCGUUGCGUCGCAAGGAAGAGACUUGUGCUGGACGUUAACCGACCCGCAAGUCUUAUCUCAAGAGCCCGGGCGAGAGCUGUACGGACGCGCCGAUCGGGGGCCGCAAGGCAUGACGGAGUUCUUCUCGCGGCACAAGUGUAACGAGAUGUGCCGGCGCCUCGACCUGCCGUCCCGCGAAGAGGAAUUUCGCACCCUGGCUGCUUCGGGUCUGGCUGUAGUUACAAAAGCAAAAAAUAGGCGCGAGGAGAUGGAGCGCAAAAUGAACGAAACUGAGGAGUCAGGCAAGCGGGCCACGUUAGCUGCAUCUUCAGUAUCUUCGUCUGUCAAUGAGCCUUCUCGUCCGAAGAAGAAAACACGAAGCACUUUACCAGGCGAGCGCGAGAAUAUCCUGAGUUUGAUUUUCGGCAAGAAACUCCAUCUCUUUGGGGAAUGUGACUGCAGCUUCACUUUGGCGGCCGCAAAGCUGUGCGCGUCGCAUGCGAGGAAUAGAGGCAAUUUUGGCAAUGCGAAUGCUCUUGGUGAGAUGAACGACGAUGGAACUACACAGCCCAUGCUCACAAACGGUUGGGUCGCAUCGGAUCUGGCUUUUCCAGUCGGCACGGCGUCGUUCGAAGAAAAUUCGAAAAUUCUGAAAAAUCACUACGGCGUCACAGUCGUGUCCCACAAAAGCGUCGACGCGUCCAAGCCCAUCCUCUCAGCCAAGCACCUCCAGUACUCGGUCAAAGUUGCCGACAUUGCCCUCUGGGCAAUGCCUUUUUUGGACCGAUUUUCCCCCGCGCUCGAUUCUCGUGGCGACCAGCAAAAGAUGAAGAAGGAGAUGCAGGACAGGAUUUUUGGCUUCGUCCGCGCGCAGGGAGACUUUUUCGACCAGGUUGCAGUGGUGCUGCUUUCGAAGCAGCACUUGGACUGGGAAUUGAGGAAAGCGCUAGAGACUGUCGGGCUGAAACAAAAAUUAUACCCAAUUGUGAAGGUGGUGAGCUUACAGCCCUUGUUGGACCAUGGCUACCAGCCGCAUUUUGGGGACAAAAGAGACACUGGUGGAAAAAAAGCGAAGUAUCACAAGCUGUGUGAGUGCGUCGUCGUAUCGUGGAGUGCGUCGAACCCCAAGAAUUGCUGUGAGCAAGAACACGAUGGAGAAGCGGAUCACCGUGGUGGCGCAGUCGGUGGAAAGAAGGACCGGUCGAUACGAGACGAACAAGAUUGUUCACCCGCAGAGGUGAGAACAACGAGCUUACCUUGCAAGAAAACUACGUCUGGCAUUUCCGAUACGAAGCUGGUCCGACGGCGAAAAUCUGUUUCGACGGGAGUGGGAAAGAAGUGACAAAGGUUAGUACAACACAAAAACGGUUCCACCUGUCAUGUGUAAAGCGAAAAUAGACAAAGCAAACUCUCGCCUUCUACAGUAUCCGAGAAAACGAAAUUGACUAGUACCGCCUUGGCGUCUCAAAUGAAAAUAUUUUUACAAUAUCACUAUCAUGUCGAUACGCAUCAUGUCUGUGACUGUGACUUUCCGCAGCACUUUAUCACGUUGGUUUAUGAUUUUUAACUGUACUACUACACAAGCGCAUUUCGUUUCCAAAUAGGACGGCCAAGAGCUGUAGAUGUCCCUCAUUCACUUUGGAAGACGUUUCACGACCUACUCGUCACGCCACCUCAUUCAGAACACGCCCUGAACAUAAAACCAAAGUUGCUUUUCAACUCUGGCGGUCGAUCUUUUGAUUCAAGAGGCUGCCCGACGUGUAUCAUUUUUUCUUGUACAGAAAUACCAACAGGGGGUGUAAUGCUCUCCGUACUU